AUCCAUCCAUCCAUUAUCAUUGGCUCCCACGGAUGUCAAUUAAAUGACUCGCCAUGUCUACAUUAUGGGUCAGAUAGAAGACCAUCAGCUUUAAUCUGCUUGACUUCAGUGGAUUUAUUUGACCGUUAUACCUCUUGAGAAAACCUAUUUCGGGAACAAACAGACAUCUUUGCUGAUACCGACAGGUCUGACGCUCCUCUGCGGCUUCACCUGCGCCUUUUGUCCGCGGAAAGAGCUCCCGGGGGAUGUUUAUCAGCAGACGCUAAAACAAUUGUCGACGCGUUUGUCGAGGCUUAAAACAAAAAUAAAGGUGUUUCCACAGCCAGGCUGUCAACAUAAGAGGAUAAAUGUGAGUCCUUUCCCACUGUGGGCGGCGUUUAAGAUACAACAUCCAUCCAAAUGAUGUCAGGAAAGCAUUUCAAGGCUCACGAAGUGAGCUGCUGCAUCAAGUAUUUCAUCUUCGGAUUCAACAUCAUAUUCUGGUUCCUUGGAGUGGCGUUCCUCGGCAUCGGGUUGUGGGCAUGGAGCGAAAAGGGUGUUCUCUCCAACAUCUCGUCCAUCACAGACUUGGGCGGCUUUGACCCAGUCUGGCUCUUCUUGGUGGUGGGUGGUGUGAUGUUCAUCCUCGGAUUCGCUGGCUGCAUCGGAGCGCUGCGAGAAAACUCUUUCUUGCUCAAAUUUUUCUCCGUGUUCCUGGGUAUCAUCUUCUUCCUGGAGCUCACUGCAGGAAUCCUGGCCUUUGUCUUCAAAGAUUGGAUCAAGGACCAGCUCAAUUUCUUCAUUAACAACAACAUUCGGGCCUACAGAGACGACAUUGAUCUGCAGAACCUGAUAGACUUCACCCAGGAAUAUUGGGAGUGUUGUGGAGCCUUCGGAGCCGACGACUGGAACUUGAACAUCUACUUCAACUGCACCGAUUCAAACCCGAGUCGUGAGAAAUGUGGAGUGCCCUUUUCCUGCUGCACCAAAGAUCCAGCGGAGGAUGUCAUCAACACUCAGUGUGGCUACGACGUUCGGGCAAAAACGGACUCUGAGCAGCGGACCUUCAUCUAUAUCAAAGGAUGCGUUCCUCAGUUUGAGAAGUGGCUUCAAGACAACUUGACAGUGGUGGCAGGCAUCUUUAUUGGGAUUGCAUUACUACAGAUUUUUGGCAUCUGUUUAGCACAGAAUCUUGUGAGCGACAUCGAAGCUGUGCGAGAGAGUUGUUUGUUUACCUAAGAUCUCCACAGCAUCUCCAAAGGCACGACGGAUGUACCAGGACUCUGCAGUUUCAGACGCCAGCAAUGAAGGGAAAUAAAUGAAUCGGCUCACGUGUCUAGAGCGAAGAGUCUCAUUGACAUGUAAAUAGUAAAUGUAGAGUUAUUUUUAGAGUUUUUUGUGGCCCUAUUUCUGAAUGAAGCACAGCCUCUAAAUGGUAUUGUAGCUCUCGUACAGCACAAAUCAAAGAAAUGCAAUGUAAAUGUAUCGCAAUACAAGCAGAUUUGAUGCUGUAGUGGCUCAAAGGACAAGUGAAGAGCGGAGAGGGUCAUAACUAGAUUAACUGGUAGAUUUGAUGUUUUUAUUAGAGGUAGUGCUUCAUUCAGAGAAGGGGCUUGGUUUUAUAUGUCGCACAGCUGCAGUUUUUAACACUGCGUUUAAAGGUUGUGUACAAAGAUAAAAGUGAUUCUGGAAAUGCACUGCAUGCCUAUUGUCUACUGGUAGGACAUCGGCUUUCCUAAAUGUAUUUCAUUAAUGUUAAGUAUUUUAAAAAUAUUUGUAAAAUAGUCACAAUAGUUGAGAGUGAAUCGGCUGGUUGGCACUUUGUUGAAUGUUUAAUGGACUCUUCUCAAAGCAACAGCUAAUUAACUUUAGAGUCUCCGUUUCCCCAUCUGUGACAUUAUGCUCGUAUUUUACAGAUACAGUUUGUAAGCAGAGUUUUUGUGGAGCCGAGGUGGAUAUAAAGAAUGAUGAAGGGAAGUGAUUGAUAUUGUAGGCUUUGCAAAAGGUGCAUUUCGCUGAGAGUUUUGGCAGUGACAUUAAAAGAAAUGUCCAAAUAUACUGAAAGAAACCAGAAUAUGUGACAUCCAAACUAAAACUUAAGCCUUAAGCACUUUAAUCUUAUAAGUGAUUUCUGUCAUGAUGGGCUGUUAUUUUGACAGCAGCCACUGGAGGGGGCACUUUUCCUUAAACACUUUCAAACUGCAUCUGUUACUUCAUGGUGCUCCAUAAUGUCAUUUUUUCUUUUUUUUUUCUCCCAAAAAGCAUUGACAGAAAAUGUUUUCCAGCACAUUAUGAUAUGAGUGUUGUGCCGUUCCUUGCACAUUAUCUUACUGUCAGUGUUCACAGUCAUGUUCCUCUUAUUUUCUUUUUCUUGUUUGUUGCUGAGGUGUGUUUCUUUAAUGAAAUCUGCCUAAUUGAUGAGAUACCUUUGUUUGUUGUGUUUUAGAUUUUUUGAUCUGUAAGUUUUCACUGGAAAAUUAGGAUACAAGCUAUUUCCAAUACUCAUCGUGCGGCAUGCUGCUUGGUGGAACUGACCUGAACCUAGUAAUGAUUUAUAGCCGACAUAGAUACAUUACUUGAAAGUAGAGCACACAAGCUCUCACCAGCAUUAUUUUAAAUGCAAACUGAGAUACAACUUAUAUGUUUUCUCUCUAGACGUCACUUUAUGUCGACCUUUAUUAAUAGAACUGCACAGCAUGAAAAGUAAAAGCAGCCGUUUUAUGUAGAGGCGCUGUGAGCCUGCAGUGUGUUACACAGAGCUUUUCUUUGCAGUCAAAUCUUCUGCAGCCUUGAUGAACUGAACUGAACAUCCUUACACAAAAGAUAUGAAAUAAAUGCAUUUCAGCAUUUUGAAAUCUUCUCAAUGUAAUACAGCUGCAGUGGGGUUAAAUAUCCUUUUUUCCACUAUAAGCUUCAUAUGAUUGUUGUUGACUGAUCACACUUUUUCUUACCACUCAGUGCCAUAUUUGAGAUUUCUACAUCCCCCUGAUUAUAACUUUUCUUUAUGUGUACUCCUAAUUCUUGUAAAUAGCUGGUUGUAAAUAUAUAUAUCUAAAUAAAUGUGGGUCUUUGUAAA